AUGACUUAUCCUAAAGAUGGCCUCUAUUACCUCCAAAAUUCUAGCAAGCCGGAUUGUUACGCCACCAUCCGCAGCGGCGAAGACGUACUUCGCGGAGAUACCAUCAACGGCCCGCCAAUAGAGAAAUCCCGGAAAUGGCGCCUGACCGAAGUCAACCAGUCAGAUGCUAGUGGUCUCUCUCAGUUCUAUUGCACUCUUACUCAGGAGAAGGAUAACGACACAUUGGGCGUGAAAGCCAUCAAAGACUUCCAACCUAUCUACUCCAUCGACGGCUCGCAGUCCUGGUUCCUCGACCAGGCUAGCGAGGGUUACACUAUCGGCGUGACCGGUCAUGACGGUCGGUACACUUGGCACCUCCGAGACACAGGCGAGCCGGUGUGUGCACCUCUCCUUUUUCGUAAAGUGUUUCUGCUUAACCUAGCGCAGAUCGUGAUCAGCAUUCAGGGCAUCAUGCCAUCCCAGAGCUGGAAAUUUUUACCCGCAGAAUAA